UUUUUUUUUUUUUUUUUUUUGUAUUAUGUCGUUUGCUAUACCAGGAUACUUCUUUGAUGUCAAGUCAAAUAAAUAUUACAAGAUCACUUCUUCUGGACCAUACAGCAUGGCUGAACUAAGGAAAAGGCUUGCUGCAGAAGAAGAAGAACGAGAAAAGAAGGCUACUAAAAAAUCAAAGCCUAUUGUACCAACACUUGGAGACUUUUUUAGACAAAGAGCGACUGGAAUGAAUCCCCAAGUGACGAUCAAUGGUCACAUUGCCACACUCUUGACUUUUAUAAAACCUCAGAGCAAGGUUAUUUUGAACAAAGAUUUUGAGGAUCCAAAAGUGAUCAUGACAAGUGCGCCCAACUACGGCAACAUGCUGGUUGCUUCAAAGCAUCGACUGUUGUAUAACAUUGGGUACCAGAUAAAUCCAAGCUUUCAAAUAUGGAGACGUGGGCAUUGUCGAUACAGCUUGGAAGAGUAUACGACCAUAACCUCUGUUCACUAUAGCUUUAAAAAUGCCAGCCAAGACUAUGACACCGUCUUACUAAGCACAAGUGAUUCAACGAUGCGAAGAAUGGCUAUACCUAAACAGAGACCAUUGUCAACAGAAGAGAUUUCUCAUUUCUUGGACGAUGCUGGAACAUCUAUACGAGAUAUUGACCAUGUAUUAGACUUACCCUCAUCAGCAACAGAGCUUAAAGAGGAAGCCAUGUUCUUUGCGUCUCGUGAUAUGUUUUGGACAUCAGCAACAGACGAUUUUUAUGACAGUACCAUGAUUGGUGGAGAUAAACAUUUAUACCAGCUAACAAGCAGUCUGAGACGUGUAGGAUCAAGAAAGGUACGAUCAUCUGUCUUUGAUGUGCAUUUCUCAAAAAACCAGCCAGCCAACUGUUAUGUUGGUUCAAGGGAUGGCUCGAUUAAGCUCAUGGACUUGAGAGAGAACACGAUGCGUUUUAACUUUAUGUUUGAAGCAUCGUCUUCAGUCACUAAAAUGGCAGAACUAGACCGUCAUCAGCUAUUAACGGUCAGUAUGGAUGGUUCGAUUGAUAUAUGGGAUAAUCGAAGGCUAAGGUCAGACCCUGUUCGCAGCCUAAAAGGUCAUCGAAAUGAAGCUACUCACAAUCUUGCGUUUGAUAUUGAUUUGGAUAACAAGAUGCUAUUAGUUGCAGGUGAUGACGGACAUGUCCGUAUUUGGUCUUACUCCAACUGUCAACAUAAUCAACCUGUUUGGAAAUCAAACAAGUUCCCAAAGCCUGUUACUGCAGCUAAACUAUUUAUUGAUAAGCAAUUCCCAACCAUUCAACCCAAUUGGUCAACCUAUUGUAAACUAAAACGACAUAAUCCUGGUUUAUUAAUAUAUUCUGAGGAAGAUGACAACAACAACAUACCUAUUGCCAGAUAUUUCAGCAUGUAAAUUAUUUUCAUUAUGUAUAUAUUAAUAUGUGUAUAAAAUAAGCUUUGUUUACAUGAAUGCAAAGCUCAACGUAGAAGCUUACUCUCGAG